AACUCUUGACCUUCCAGUCCUUCUGUAGACCCAACAACUCGUACGCUGUUGGGAGAAUUUGGGGAAUAGAGCACACACUCAACAAAGCACAAAGCCAAGAAAAAAGUGAAACAAAGUUUAAAUCUUGAAGGGUCUGAGGAAGCUGGAAAUGGGUUUUGCUGAGUUCAUGGGGUUUGAAGGAGGAGGAGUUGGAUCCAGUGGAGCUCGUGAUAGCUUUCAAUGGGGUGGAACCAUCUUUGCCUUAAUUUUGCUAAUCUUGAACCGAACAGGGCGCAGAUCAGGCAUGCAGAGUAACCUUCUUGUAAUGUAUUUGUUUACAAGCUUCCCGACAGUGUUGUUUAAAAUUCUGAGGGGACAGUUCGGCUAUUGGGUUUCAUUUCUUGCUGUUUCUGCAAACCUCUUCUUUCCGCAAACUUUUCCAGUUUCUCGUUUUCUCCUAUUUGUGGUCACACCUACUUGGGUGGCUAAUGGACUGCGUGAUGGUAUUGUGGGUGGCAUCUUUUGUCUAAUUAUUGGAGUUCUAGUUGUCAUAACAGCGAUUCAAGGAAUUGGAGGUUUUAGUGAUUGUUUUAGUAAUUGUGAAUGCAAUUGUCAUUGCUUUGCAUACUGUCUUAGUAUAGGAUUUAUCUUUUUCUUUACAAUUUUGUAUCUGUGCUCAGAAACUUGGUAGAAAUGGAGUUCAAAUUGAAACAAUCAGUACAUUCUAAA